UCACGACGGACGAUCUUCAUCCAGACCGAAGGGACGCCGAAUGCAGAUGCGCUCAAGUUUAACCCGAACACUCGUGUCCUACCGGAAGCCUUCCCUUCCACCUUUGUGGAAUACCUCUCUCCUCGAUCCACCCUCGCUCCGCCGCACCCAUCCCCGCUCGCCGGUCAACUCCUCAAUGUCGACGGCGUCACAGCGGUCUUCUUUGGCGCCGACUACAUCACCGUGACGAAAGACAGCAGUGUGCCGUGGGAGCACAUCAAGCCGGAGGUGUUCUCGCUGAUCACGGAAUAUGUGACCUCGGGGCAGGCGAUGGUGACGACGGUGGCGAGAGGGACGGCAGAAGGAGACGAGGGGCAGGAGGCGGAGGAGAAGGAUAGUUUGGCGUAUGAUGAGGACGACGACGAGGUGGUGGGGAUGAUCAAGGAGUUGCUGGAGACAAGGAUCCGGCCGGCGAUUCAGGAGGAUGGAGGGGACAUUGAGUUCCGUGGGUUUGAGAAUGGUACGGUGAUGCUAAAGUUGCGGGGAGCGUGCAGGACGUGCGAUAGCAGCACGGUGACGUUGAAGAACGGGAUCGAGAGUAUGAUGAUGCACUAUAUCCCCGAGGUCACGGCGGUGGAGCAAGUCGCGGAUCCGGAAGAAGAGAUUGCAAUCAAGGAGUUUGCGAAGUUCGAGGAGAAGUUGAAGCAGCAGAGGGGUUACGAGGUGCCGUCUACGACAGGGAAAGGCUCGUUGGACACGGUGGAGGGUUAA